AUGCAGACCAAGGCUUUUGUUCUCGUUGCCAUUGCUGGCUUGGCCCAUGCUCGCUUUGGCCAGGAGGGCGCUGUCCAGAACCUCGUUCAGGCUCUCAGUAACUUUGGUCCCCCGGGUGCUGCUGGCACUCUUGCCGGUCGGACUCCCGGUGUGCUCCUGGCUGGUGCCAAUGCAUGCGCCAAGCUCGAGCUUGCCGAUGAGAUCGUGGCAACCCUGGGUGACAAUCCCCGGGUCAUCGAAGCCGCCAAGGCCCUCGUUGCCGCUGAGAAGAACUUCAAUCCCUUCGUCCAGAACAUUCCGACCAUCUGCAACAACCCGGCCCUGCCAACCACCCAAGCGCUUCGCGGCAUUGUCCCCAAAGUCGAUCCCGCCGUCGUCGGCGCCGACAUCCAAAAUGCCAACUCACAGCGGUCACUGACCAAUCCCUUCAAUGACAACGGGCUGAGUGUGGCUGAUAUCUCGAGGGCUCAAGGCUUCAGCAACUUCACUGAUCAGGUUUAA